AACGAAGCGGAACUCAAACAGCAUUUGGAGAGACGAGGUGAUGUUCAUUAAAUCAGCUUCGCAAUAUUCUCAUGUUCCUUUCCGGCACCGACCGAAGCGAAACCGAACUCGCCAAUCUCGGCUUUCUGACAUCCGAGAAAGUUCGAGCAUGGCAGCAGCGCAACUUCCGCACGUCUCCGGCGGCGAACCUUCAACAUUCACGACUCUAUACAUUAUACCAUUUACAUUAGACUACUUGCUCGCAUCAUCGUAUGCCGCAUGGAUAGUAACAAGCCGGGAACAUAGCCGCAGCCGAGAUCACUAAUGGCGCCUAUAUCACACUUCCCACACCCUCGAUCCUUCCUCAACCUCAUCCCCCUCCGCCCCGCCACCUCCUUCCUCCUCCUCGCCCUCGCCAUCAACAAAGUCACCGGCCUUUACGGCAUCCUCGCCCUCUUCACCGGCUACCACCUCAACUUCCUCCAACUCUCCCACUACAUCUACAACCUUGUAAUCCUAGUCUUGGUCUGCUACCUGAGCUCCGCGAUCCGUGCGCCGCGCCACGAUGGUAGCGGUAAUCAUGUUAACGGAGUGGUGAAGACGUUGGCGUUGGCGUGGGUGUACGUGGUUGAUGCGGUGGUCAGUAGUGUGUAUACUCUACUCUUCGCAUCGGGAUGGUUCGUGUUGCUUGCUAGGCAGAUGGGUCAAGAGACGAUCGCCGGCGCAGUGGGAGACGGGCUGGGCAUGGGUAUGAUGAACGAUAAGGCCGGUUUCACCAACCCGCAAUACAACAACGUCAGUAAAGUCGAGAUUGUGGCCACGCCCGCACCGAGCAUGAUGGCGGGACAGCAAGCGACGGCGUAUGCGAGUACCGCCAACAACACCAGCAGCGCGGGAACGCUAGGCGAAGCGGUCUUCCAGUCCGGCUCGAUGAUGAGUCUUACCAUCCUCGUCCUGCUGUGGGUGGUACGCAUCUACGCCUGCCUGAUCGUGCUGUCGUUCGCUCGGAGUAUUCUGCGGAGUUACAUCGUACGCUGCAGCGCAAGCGCGGGAUACAGCCAAUCACAAUCUCAAGACCCGAGUAUGGGCGCGAACCCAUUCCAACCUGCGAGCGGAAGAGCGGAGAGUGAAGGCUGGCGCGGCAAGCUGGGGCGCGUGAUGCUUCGGUGGCCCUCGGAGCGGUAUUGGCUCGGGCGGGAUGAGAGCGAGAACGAGUGGGCGAGGCAGACUUCGAGCAGACUCGAGGGCGCCAAAGGCAUGAAGCUGCAAGUACCCAGUGAGGGUGUUGGGGAGCGUGAGAGGCGGGCGAGAAGCGGUACGGGACCGCCAAUGUCGGCUGUUGCGAAGGGUCACUCAUAGUCCGCAGUCGAACCGUCUGUGCUUCUCGGACCCUUGCGUGUGCUUGUAGAGCUAGUGUACGAUGAAACGCGCUGCGGUACUGCCGCCAUCAGCCUGCUCAUCGCAGCCGAUCUCACUCUACCACCUCUGUACAAGUCGACCUGUAUUGCCUUGCCGUCUGAUUCCCCGCGAGAGGGCAGUGGCCAAUUCCUUUUGCCUCCUUCGC